AUGGAUAUCUUGGUCUCUAGCAACUUUGAGAGAGUGAUGUGGUUCCUAGCAAAAGAAUUUGCAAUUGCCACUGGUACGGAUGAACGGUCUAGCAAAAAGCAGGCUAGCCAAGAUGUCUUAGCCUGGUAUCAGGCACUAAAAUCAUCGGGCGGUUUCGGACCCAUACACAAGGAUAUCUUGGAAAACGGGCAACGAACCUUUGAGAGUGACCGUGCGCUUGAUCCCCAUACUGCAGUGGGAACUACUGCAGCACAAAGAUCGAUGACUCGGGCUGGCACGCAUCACAUUUCGCUCUCAGCUGCCCACCCCGCGAAAUUUUCGGAAGUUGCUAUAUUGGCCUUGAAGGACAAUGCUGGUUUUAAUUUCGAGGAGCAGGUGCUCCCUGACGAGCUCAAGGCUCUUUCGCAAAAGGCAACACGUGUAACCAAAGUGGAUAAUUCAUGGAAGGAGAUGAGGGAGAUUAUCAAAGGUCUUGCCGAGGAGGGACUUGAAAGCCGAAGCAAGCGAUUGAUUGAAGUUAUCUUUGUUCUUUGCCGGCGACUUUGA